AUGUUAGAAGCAAUAUUCGGUAAAAAGAAAACACCAAAAGAACUCCUCCGUGAAUAUAAACGUAACAUUGAACGAACCAUCCGACAAAUGGAACGAGAGCGAGUAAAAUUACAAAAUCAAGAAAAGAAGCUCAUCAAUGACAUGCGAAGAAUGGCCAGACAAAAUCAAAUGGACACAGUUAAAAUUAUGGCCAAAGAUCUUGUUCGCACCCGAAAGCACGUGACUAAAAUGCACAAAAUGCAGGCUCAAUUACAAGCUAUUUCUCUCAAAUUGACGACGCUCAACUCGACUAAUGAAAUGACACAAGCCAUGAAAGGAAUGACAAAAACAAUGACAAGAAUGAACAAACAAUUGAAUCUACCUGAAAUGCAAAAGAUUAUGCAAGAAUUUAUGAAACAAAAUGAAAUGAUGGAUAUGAAAGAAGAAAUGAUGAACGAUAUGGUUGACGAUGUGAUGGAAGACGAUGAAGCUGAAGGUGAAGAAGAAGAAUUAGUCACUCAAGUGUUAGAUGAAAUUGGUUUGGAUAUGAGCGGAAAGAUGGGAAAAACACCAAAUUCAAAACUUCUCGAAGAGGAAAAUGUAGGAGCAACAGCUGAAGAUGAUGAUCUGCAACAACGUUUAGAGAAUUUGAGAAAGAAUUAA